AGUUUUUUUACCUGUCAAAUGUCAUUCGGCAAAUCAUGCACGUUCGAUUUGUUGCGUUGUGAACAAUUUGUGUAUUUAAUUUAAAUAUUAUAUUUAUCUGUGUUUUAAUUAAUUAGUACAUAACAAAAUGGCUGAGACAGAACCUCAAGCGGGAGACACUGGCCCACCCAAGGGUAUGCCUGCCCUGAAGGCGCAUGUAAAUGCCAACAAAAUAGAUGUAGCACUAUGGGCCAUACGAGUACUUACUGUACUCUUUACCAUAGGAUAUGUUCUGCCUUUGUUCAACAACCCAGUAUCAGCGUUCUACAAAGCUCUGCUUGCGAACGCGGCGACGUCGGCACUUCGACUGCACCAGCGCAUCCCGGCACGAGAGAUCUCCAUCUCCCGGGAGUUCAUGGCCAGGUUCUUCCUGGAAGACAGUGCACACUACCUCUUCUACUCCCUCAUCUUCAUGAACGUGGCGCCUAAUUUGUUGAUCCUGACGCCGAUCUUCUUGUUCGCUCUGCUGCAUGCUGCGUCCUACUCGCUCACCAUCCUCGAUACCCUGGGCCAGAACUCGAUGUGGGUGGCUCGCCUGCUGAUCUCCCUGGUGGAGUUCCAGUCGCGUAACAUCCUGCGCGCCGCCGCCCUCGCUGAGAUCGUGCUGUUCCCGCUUGUCGCCUUCAUGGCGCUCUUCGGCUACUGCGGUCUCCUGACUCCGUUCGUGUACUACUACUUCGUGACGUGGCGGUACGCGAGCCGGCGGAACCCGUACACGCGCAACACGUUCCGCGAGCUGCGCGUGGCGGCCGAGCGCGCCGCCGACCGGCCCGCGCUGCCCGCCGCGCUCAAGGGCGGCAUCCACUCCGCCGUGCAGCUCGUCUGUCGCAUGGCGCCGCCCAUGGAGCACGUCCAGCAGUAAACAUGUCGGUCGUAAGGUCAGUUGAGGUGAAGAACUUUCUACAUCACUAUCGUUCUUUUGCAUCCAAACUACGCAUGCGCGGAGUCUGACGUCUGGAUGUGUGCCCUGUACUCUAUGAUCUAUGGUCAACUACUUCAGUUGCGAAUUAUUUUAAUAAAAAUACGAAUAAGGACCAGUAAGGGUUACUCCAACAGUAAUGUAUUCAUUGGUCAGUUCACAGCAAUUUUACUAAAUAACGCCCACUUUGUAAAGUGUUUUUUAAACGAAUUUAAAACUGACCAACAAAUUAACAGUUUAUUUUUAAUUCAAUGUUUGUCCAAUAAUUCUGUCAAGGUCAACAUCCAUUUGAAGGCGAACCAACACCGUCCACUGGACUAAACUUAAUAUAAGAACAAAGUAUCCAAACCAUUGCAGUACAAAAACCUCAUUUUAUUUUAUUACCCUUAUGUUAUUUAGCAAUGGCAACCCCACAUGUAAGAGCGAGAUAACGCUAUACCGCAGCUGAAUGUUAAAAGGGACGACGUAAUCUACCAGCGCUUGAAUAAUCCGCCCGUACAAUGUAUGUAAAUGCAUUUCAUAGCAUAAUUUUUGGUUGUUAACAAAUCAGUAUAAUUAUUUUAUAACUUAGGGGAUAUACUUUAUGUAUUUAAGUUUAAUUUCUAUUUAAUGUUGGUCCAAUUUUAUUUAAGGCAUAAAGGAAUGUUGAAUGUUUAAGUUAGACUGCUAAGUGAUUUUAUUCAAUGUAGAUUUUUUAUUAAAGAAAGGAAUUGUAUGUCAGUAUUGUUGUCGUCAGUCGAAAUGUAGAGGGAAUGUCACAUUUCGAUUCUAUCUUUUUACAUGGGACUAUCUGUCUUUGUAGCAGUUCUGAAUGUUCAUUCCGUUUUGUCCUAUCAUAGUUUAAUUUUUCUCGUGAAAUUUAAAGUGUACAGACAUUCAAACAAGCACAUAUCUCUUUGGAAUUGUAAAUGGUAAUAAAUAUGAAUACAUACAUUUAAAAUUACGAUAUUAUUUUGUGAAUCGUGUAUUACUUAUUAUUUUGGUUAUGUUGUGUACUGCCAGCGACAUUUUUGUAUUUAGUAAAUAAUUAUUAUGCACUUGGUUUGGGGUGAAUGUAGUCAGGUUUUUAAAUAAAUGUUGGUAUAAACUA